UGUGUGUGAGGGGGGGGGGGGGUCUCUGGGCAGUGAUCCUGCGCGGAACGCGGCGGCCGCCCCCGGGAGGUGUACGGAGGGACGGCGCCUGCUCCUGAGUCAGCAGCGGCGAGGAGGCGGGCGGCACCUCGCCGCCCGGCCCGGCCCCGCCGAGCACACCCCCCCCCCUCCCCGGCCUCCCACAGCACCCGCGCCGGCUCCCAGCCCCGCCGGUGCCGAGCACCCGCCGGAGGAAGGGGGCCGUGGGGGCCCCGCCGGCUCCUGCCCUCCGCCGGCAGUGCUUCAUGGCCACAGCAGGGAAGUAAACAAUAUUAGAGGAAACCAACGCUAAGGUAUACAAUUUCCACGCAGCUGGUUGGAAAAGCAGUUGUCACUGCCUUCCUGGUGCAGCAUGGCAUUUGGACUUGGUGUUCUCUACCUGUUACUAUGGGCAAUUACAGGUUCCAGUUGUGAGCAGUGCAGAGAAGGAGCCACGUACUCAGGUGCAGUAAUAUCUCCCAACUUAGAAACCACUAAAAUUAUGCGAGUUCCUCAUGCUAUGUCAGUGUCUGACUGUAUCGCAGCAUGUUGUGACCUAUCUGGUUGUGACUUGUCCUGGAUGUUUGAACGACGCUGUUACAUCGUGAAUUGCCAACACAAGGAGAAUUGUGAACCUAAAAAAAUUGAAACUGUGAAGUCCUAUCUGACUUUUGUGCUGAGGCCUUCUCAGAGGCCAGCCUCGCUGCUAGGAUUUGGACAAGUGAUCCCAAGCAUGGUCCACUCUGUGGGACUCCAGAAUGAGCCAUCUGAGGAAGUGAGUAGCCUCAAGGAGCUGUCUCUGCUUGGCAAAGAUCCCAGCCUUGAGGAGAUACCUGAAUACAUUGAUGAUUAUAAAGAGUUGGAGCAGGACCCCUUUCAGGUGAGCAUCAAACAUGAGCAGAAGGAGAGCACGGAUUAUGCUGACUGGGGCCUGAUGGUGCCAGGUGAAAACGGCUUCAACUCUUCUGUGGGUGAUGACGGAGAUAACCAGGAAGACUUUGCUGAAAAGAAAGGGGACGCUGGGAAGGUGGAAAGCCUUCUGAAUAAAACCAGCUCUGAACUGAACUCUGUCACUGAACACUCCACAGAGAGGUUGUCAUCUCUCCCAGAGAUUACACCAUCCCCUGGGAAGACAUUUGAAAGUGAAGCAGCUGUUCAACUUCAUGCACAGCCUGAUGAUGCUUUGCAAAAAGAGGCUGCUACGCCUUCCCCUUCUUCAGGCAAACUGGAUUUCUCCCCAGGUGUGUCAGAGAAAACCCAGACUCCCACAAUGACCCCAGAGAAUGUCACUGAAGGUGGGAUCAUGCUACUUCCCCCUAAUACUGUGCCAUCUCAGCCCAUGCAGCAAUUCACACCACCUGCUACUGCUGCUAAAGCAGAUACAGUAAAAGAACUUAUUGUGUCUGCUGGAGAUAACAUACAAGUGAUGCUACCCAAAAAUGAGGUUGAACUGAAUGCCUUUGUUGUCCCGUCACCACCUACAGAAACAGCCUACACCUAUGAGUGGAGCUUAAUCAGUCACCCUGCUGACUAUGGUGGUGAAAUGGAGCGCAGGCACAGCCAGACCUUGAAGCUCUCUCAUUUAUCGGUGGGACUUUAUGCCUUCAAAGUGACAGUUUCUGGUGAAAAUGCCUUUGGUGAAGGUUUCGUAAAUGUCACAGUCAAACCAGCAGUCAGAGUUAACCAGCCGCCUGUUGCUGUUGCUUCACCCAAAGUACAAGAAGUUUCUUUGCCUACAACUUCUACCUUCAUUGAUGGCAGUCAAAGUAUAGAUGAUAUGAAGAUAGUGAGUUUCCACUGGGAGGAAAUUAAAGGUCCUUUGCGAGAGCAGAAGGCAUCUGCUGACACACCUGUCUUGCACUUGUCUAACCUUGUUCCUGGAAACUACACUUUCAGGCUCACAGUGAUUGAUUCAGAUGGAGCAGCCAACUCCACCAUUGCAUCUCUGACUGUCAACAAACCAGUGGAUUACCCACCUAUUGCCAAUGCAGGACCUAAUCAGGCAGUCACCUUGCCCCAGAACUUCAUCACGCUGAAUGGAAACCAGAGCAGCGAUGACCAUGAAAUUGUCAGCUAUGAGUGGUCACUCAGUCCCAAAAGCAAAGGCAAGGUUGUUGCAAUGCAGGGAGUGCGGACACCGUACCUCCAGUUAUCUGCAAUGCAGGAAGGAGAUUACACAUUUCAGCUGACUGUCACAGACUCCGCAAGGCAGCGGUCCACAGCUGAGGUCACACUGAUCGUACAGCCUGAAAAUAACAGUCCUCCAGUAGCAGUGGCUGGCCCUGACAAGGAAUUAACCUUCCCGGUAGAAAGUACUACACUGGAUGGAAGCAAAAGCCAAGAUGACCAAGGCAUUGUCUUCUAUCAUUGGGAAAAUAUCAGUGGACCAAACUCUGUACAGAUGGAAAAUGGUGACAAAGCAAUAGCAACUGUGACUGGUCUUCAGGUUGGUACCUAUCGCUUCAGGCUGACCGUGAAAGACCAACAGGGCUUAAGCAGUGCAUCUGUGCUGUCUAUUACUGUGAAGGAAGAAAACAACAGUCCACCCCGGGCGCAUGCUGGUGGGAAGCAUGUUCUAGUGCUUCCAAAUAACUCUGUUACCUUGGAUGGCUCAAGGUCUGCUGAUGACCAGGGGAUUGUGUCAUAUUUGUGGAUUCGGGAUGGUCAAAGCCCAGCAGCUGGGGAUGUGAUCCAUGGCUCAGACCACGAGGCAGUACUGCAGCUAACUAAUCUGGUGGAAGGAACCUAUACUUUUCACUUGAAAGUGACUGAUGCUAAAGGAGACUCAGAUAUUGAUUCAGCAACUGUUGAAGUGCGGCCUGAUCCCAAAAGGAGUGGUCUGGUGGAGCUGAUUCUGCAAGUUGGAGUGGGACAGCUGAGUGAACAGCAGAAGGACACCCUGGUGAGACAGCUGGCUGUAUUGCUGAAUGUUUUGGAUUCAGAUAUCAAAGUUCAGAAGAUACAAGCCUACUCAGAUAUAAGCACUGCGGUUGUGUUCUACGUGCAGAAUGGGCAUCCUUCCAAGGUGAUCAAGGCAUCAGAUGUCUCGCGAACUCUGCAUUUGCAGCUUUUGAAAGAGAAGGCUGACUUUCUGCUUUUUAAAGUCCUGCGGGUUGACACGGCUGCCUGUCUUUUAAAAUGCUCUGGACAUGGACACUGUGACCCCAUAACAAAGCGCUGCAUUUGCUACCAGCUGUGGAUGGAAAACUUGAUUCAUCGUUAUCUAAAUGAUGGAGAGAGUAACUGUGAAUGGAGUAUACUCUAUGUGACUGUAUCUGUUUUUAUUUUGAUUGUGGUCAUGGUAGGGCUUGCCUGGUUCUGCAUCUGCUGCUGCAAAAGAAAGAGGACAAAGAUAAGAAAGAAAACAAAAUAUACCAUCCUAGAUAACAUAGAUGAGCAGGAGAGAAUGGAGCUACGACCCAAAUAUGGUAUAAAACACAGAAGUACAGAACACAACUCCAGUCUGAUGGUCUCAGAGUCAGAGUUUGACAGCGAUCAGGACACUAUCUUCAGCAGAGAAAAGAUUGAAAGAGAGAAUCCUAAAACCCUCACGAAUGGAUCCAUCAGAAAUGGAGUUUCUUUCAACUACAGCUCCAAAGACAGAUAACUGAAUGAGGGUAAAAGCACAGAACAUGCUGGUCCAACACAUCUGAAACAUGUUGGCCCAUCUCUGUUUUUCCAGAACCAAAAGCUUCCUAAAAUAUCAACUAAUUGCAGAUGAAAGGGUAAAUUUCUAGCACAGUUAGGGGAAAGAAGGAGGAAGGAUUAGAUGGUCAGCUAACUCCUCUUGUCACCAUUAUAGGAACAAGGAAAACCACAUCUUAUUUCUUGCAUGUUCCAUGCUGAAUGUUUGUCUGAACUUCAGAAGGCCUUUUUUCCUAGUUUUACAAAAAUAGCCAGGACUGUUAUGCUACUAACAAAGGUAACUGAGAUGCAUACAGAUUCAUGUCCUGUACUCCUGUCUCUCUCUGAGAAGCAGUGUGAUUAUGAUGCUGACCUAAAACAGCAAAAGCCAAUAUAGAUGAAUUCCCUUACAACUAUAGAGAGCAAUAUGUGACCACAGGCUCCAUCUUCAUUUUCAGUUUAGUUUGGGGACACAAAGAGAGAGCAUUUUAGUGCAUUGUAUUUAUCUCUGUGCUUUGUGGCUUCCUUUUCUACGGUAGUGCUCAUCAGAUGGAAAUGUCUUUGUUUCCAAAGGAAGUUUACAAUUAGCAGUUGCACUUAAUCAGCUGUAAAGUCAUGAGAUACAUCUGGGUCCUGUAUUAUGCAAUGUUCCUUGGAUUUACAUAGAAAGUAUGGUGCCUGCAGGGAAGUUCAGUCUUAGGUUGCUUCUGUAAUGAUGAAGGUGCUUUUGGCUCUCUGGAGUCUGCCACGUUCAGCCAGGAAACGGUGGCAGAAAGGCAGGAAGGGACCUAGUUUGAGAAGCAUUUUGAGCAUCCCAAACUACCUUUUGCUUAGAGAGCACUUUUCAGGAGCUCUGGACAUUUUAAGACUGAAUCCUCAGCUGAGAUGAGUUUUCAUCUGUCAGCCUCAGUGCUCAAUUAAAAUGUGCCAGGUAUUUGUGUAGUGAAAUGCUUGUGGCGAAAUACCCUAUAUGGAGCAGGAGGUUCAACACCUACCUUCAUUGUCGUGGGAACUGGUAAUGAGGACGGUUUUAGCUCGAACAUUAGAUUGUUUUACAUUUUUCUCUGUGGUUAUUCAGUGACUAGAUGUGUUGGCCUAAAGAGAUCCCUUUAGGUGUUUGGGAAGGGUAGCUCUGUUGGAGUUCUGAUGUUCUUGUUCACAAUCUGGAUAAUUUCUUUACAGCGUGCUUGUUGGGCUUUAAAGCCAUGCCCCCAAUACUGCUCUUGAAAUUCCAAACUGAAGACUUGGCUUUUAUACAUAAGCCUCACUUGUGGGGGCAUCUGUGUCAGCGGUACUGUCUGGCCAUGACAUCAGCCUUUCCUGGGGGUCCUUUACUGACAUGCUGGAAUCUUGGGCUGAGCUGGAGGAAUGAUGUGUUCUCAUGGAGAAAAUACUCCUCUGGGAGUAUUUUGGACAGUUUUUUGGUUUGGGGGUUUUUUUGUUUGUUUUUUUUUGUUUGUUUGUUUUUGUUUUUGUUUUUUUUCAAUUUGGUGGUGGAGAAUCCAUUGACGGAGAAGGGUGGAACAGUAUAGAGAUCAAGGGGUGUGGAUGAGAAGGGUCAGGGAGAGGACAUAGCCCACCUCCAUCAUGAGGAAUAAUUUGGUGGAGAAUUUUGGGGCUUUUUCCAUUCUUUCAUAGAAGACUGACACAACAGAGUAGUUGGGUUGAACACUGUGGCUUUUGUGCUUCUCUUGGUAACUGAGUUGGGCAAAAGUCGGAAGAACUGUCUAGGUUGGAAGGAAUCAGUAGUCAAAAGUUGCAGCAACAUGGCAUGCUCAUAACUGAUUUCAUACCUUUGAUUCUCAAAUGCAGCCAGCAACAGUCUCUAAGGCUACUAAUGCUGCACUGAGGAGCAUUUAUCCUGUGCCCAGCCCUGCAUUUCUCUGGAGUGCUGAGUGUGGCUGCAGGAGUCAUAGUGGUGGGAGAGGCUGUGAAGAGGUAAAGAGGGCUAGUGCAAGUGUUUUCCAUGUUUUUUGCAUACCCACCAGCAAGAUGCAGUAUAAAAAUGGUGUGAUUUGCUUUCUUCAGAAGCCAAGUUUUAACUAUAUGUGUAUGGGGGUUUUAGGCUAUUUAUUGAAACAAAUCUACUUUAUCUCACCCUCCCCCUUCUUGAGUGUGUGUGUGUGUAUAUUUUUAAAUAACUUGGUCAAUAAAAGCAAAGCCAGCCUUUGAUGUCUUUCAGUGUCUGCUCCAGAUACGUUAACAUAAUAAUGCAGUGUUCACUUUAAUGGAUUCCUGAAAAAAGUUAAGGUCCACUCAAAAUACUAUUUAUUUUUUUUUCCUUUUAAAAUAAAAAUGUUGGGCUUAAUCUACUCUGCACAAAUUCUCAAAAUGUUCUAGCAGGAAUUAUGCUCUUGGUAACAUGCUUUUUUUUUUUUUUUUUUUAAGGAAAAAACCAAAGUUGCAUAAGGAACUACAACUUUGUAUUGGCCAUGCUGCCAUUAAUGCUUUUGCUAAAUACUGUAUCCAGUGUGCCUUUAUAAACUUAUCUUUUAGGACAUGUCAGUGCAGUCAGCAGUGUCCUUGUUUUGUGAAGUCAGUCACUUGUGUGUUCUGCGUUUAUUUUACAUUUCUAAAGCUGGUGCUGAAGCCUAGGAGGUUGUUCUUUCAAGGAAUUAAAAUUCAGGCAUCUUUUUUUAAAAAAACAAAACCAAAAAACCUAAAAAACAAUUCUCUAGUAAAACAGCUACAGGAAUCAUAAACCUGCUUUCCUCAAUGCUGCAGAAUUCCCAGGGCUAUUCCCACACACACACACACACUCUCAGAUCUUUGGAUUGGUCAUGAGUUCAUGUGCCAUGAGAAUGUAUGCUUGAUUUGGUUAAGUAUUUCUCACUCUAACCAACAAGAAACAUUAGACCAAUUUCUUACUGCAUAAGGCCCUAGCAAGUGGAAGUUGCUUACUAAAUUCUACUCUCUAGAUGCUUUGAUACCUACAUUGCUAACUGUAUUUUAGUUAUGUUUUGAAAGUUGAAUAUAGUUUAAAUUUUGAGCUGCUUCUAAUUCUACUAGUUUGAUUUUUUGACCUCCUUGGAAAGAGAAUUCAUUCAUCUUACAUAAGAUCAGGUGUGCUCUUAAUACGAAACUCACACAGAAGUGGAAAAUAAUAGGUUUUGGCUGUGUGAAUUUGUGAUAUCACAUGUUUGUGUCACUUGGCCAAGCAUGAUUUUGUCAGGAAUUUAGGAGAGACUAUAGCAAGUCUUGUAUCUUGAUUCAGUAUAAUUUUUAUUUCUAGAGCUGUUGCUUUCUUACAGAAUGUCAGGUCAUACCUGGAAUGAAAGGGUUGAAAAACUAGCUGUUAAGGUGCAAACACAAUGGUAGAAUUCUGAUGCUAGCCUUCUGGUUUGGGUUAUGGUGGGUUUGAAGCAGGUUGUCAGUCCUCACGUUUACUUCCACACACCGUUUUCCUUCAUAUACAGAAAAGGUGCUGGCAGCUUCUUUGUGAAAUAGGGACGGGGAUAUUCCCAACAGUCUCAUCUGCACUGAAAAGCAGAGAAGACCAGAUAUAGCUUGUCAUGUAUGGUUCAGAGUCCACUGAAAAUAAAGAGUAAAUUCAGUUUGGCACUGAUAAGAUACUGUCUCUCUUUGAAGGCAGACAGUGUGCUGGUACUUACAGUGCCUUGUAGCCUUAAUGCAAGCACUGGAUUUUAAUUUGCAUCUUGGUUUUACAUUUAUACAUGCUGAUGCAUGCACAAGCAGAGAUUGUCCAGCUAUGUAAAAGGACUGCCUUUGUUUACAUUUUAAGGAAGGAGUAUAUUUUGGAAAAAAAUUACCAUUACUGCCUGAGGCAUUAAACAGGUUCAGUACUCAACACAGUGUAGAUGCAGCACGAAACCAGUACACUGCUAACAGGUCAUUGGUUUGUGUUUUUAAUUUUCUUAACCAAAAUGCUGCUGCGGUACAAAACAAAAUUUAUCUUGGCAAAUCUGCUGAGAUGCAUAUCAAAAUUCUCUGUCCUAUGGUUCCAACCUUUCAUAUUAACUGAGUAGAUUGCUGAGAAAUAGAAAGAAAAUGUGAAUGGUCUAAUUGCAGAGGAUUGUUUAUUUGGGGAGGGAGGAAAAACGGUUAUUCUUGUUUCAUGUGUAAAUACAUUUUCAACUGUGUCCUUUUAGGUAAACAGUCUUAGCAGUCUCCCUCUGUCAGAUGCAUCAGAUACAGGUACUGUUCAAGUAUCUGUUUUGUGCUGUCAGCUGUGUUUACUUAUGCUAAUUUUCCUUUUCUUUCUUGGUCUCUUGUGGGCAAACAUGCAAAGGAGCUUCACAGUGUGUGAACUUAACAGAGAGAGAAUGGGUGUAUGCGUGUGUUCUCUAUGCUGAAUUUAAACUUUCCUUAGACAGUUCUGAUGUUCUUGAAAUAACGGAGUUCUUAGGCAAAUUUCCUAUUCUUCUUUUAAGCCUCAAGUGAAACUAGUUUUGUCCCUCAAUGUACUCAUAAUGGUCAGCUGGAGCUUUGGGAUGGUGGUAAAAAAGUGACAGCUACUUUAGUCAUCUGAGCCAUUUAUAUGAGGUUUGAGAGAGAUAAACAUUCCUCUAGAAGAAGAGAAGUGGGAUAGAGGUGAAUUAGUUUCUUAACAUCAGCUAUUGCUUAUCAUCAAUCCCUAACUAGAAUACUAAUCCCAUACUUCUGCAGCAAAGGAGAACCCAUUUCACAUACCUUUUAGGUCCUGAACUCCCCAAGGCAAGGGAGGGAACCUUAAAGCUUAGAAAUAAAAUUUAAAAAAGGAUGGAGAAAAGGCAAAUUUUUUUUUUUUUUCCUUUUGCACAGGCUACAAAUCAAGUGCAGAUGUGCUGUACAUCAGUAGUUUGUCUCUGUAUGGAAGCACUUCUCCCUGUGGGUGGAUGGGUGAGCUAUUACAGAAUUUAUAUUAAGUAUCUGUUUUUAGAAAAUGUUAUUUAUUGUAAAUGAUAAUGUAUUGUAACUGGAACCAUUUCUGAGCUGAAAUUACUACAUUUAUGUAACUAUUAAUAAAGUGUUGUCUUUCCUUCUA